AUUGUUAUCUUAAGACACUCAUCUGGUGUCUGAGUCUGCAGGUGACACUGCUUAGGUGCGGAGCGGGAGUCAGAGCAGGGGCUCGCGGCUGCAGCCCGGACUGGAAUACGCCCGCCUCAGAAGCUGCUGGCGGGGCUGGGGCAGCGCCUCCCCUGCGCCUGAGCACUCCGUUCGCACUGGCCCGGGUUUGGGCACCUGCCCUGCGGUGCGAGCUCAGGGACAGGUCUGCGGGCAGCAGAGCGAGCGCUGAAGCCGGCGGAACAGGCUUUGCCCAUGUGCUAGGCAGUGAUUUCGGGCAAGGGAGCAAGAGGGUGAAUCCCUUUAGAGUUGCAAGGAAGGCGAGAUCUUGGGUUCCUCUUCGGUGGACAGACAGGGGACUCUCCAGGUUUGCUGUUGCACUUUCCUUCCCUCUCCCACCCGAGCGCGCUGAAGCCCACUUCCUACCUGCUUUGGGUGCCAGGGAUCCAGGCUGCUUAGCGGAAGGCAGCCGGCAAGUGGUCUAGCGGAGGCAGCGGCGGAGGCAAAGCCCAGAGCAAGAGAAUUUGAAAAAAGACUUCCUUUCCCUCUCACAUGCUGAAGGAGAGGCAUUCGCGUUUCCCCAAAUGAGAAAGCCACAAGAAAUCAUGAAGUAGAAACUUUGGAAAGCUGCCACUGGAGAUGUUGCACAAAAACCUGGAAUCUUUUAGGAGUCUCCUCCCAGUCGGUGGACAUUUGGGGAGCAGCUGAUACAGCCAGAAGGGCUCUUGCAAGGAUCCAAGGGGCCCUGGAGGAGAGGCUCAGAGGGGGAGAGUGUGGCGAGAGAAUGAAGACACCAACUGCCUGGGAGAAGCAUGAGGUGGCAGAGCGGCACUCGGUUUAGAGGGCUCCGGCCGGCGGCGGCCCCAUGGGCAACUCUGCUGGUGCUGGGCCUCCCUGCUUGGGUGUUGGCUGUCUUGGCCACGGCUGCUGCUGUAGUCCCCGAACAGCAUGCGUCCUCAGCUGGCCAGCCACCCCUGGACUGGCUGCUCACAGACCGGGGCCCCUUCCACCGUGCUCAGGAGUACACUGACUUCGUGGAGCGGUACCGCCAGGGGUUUACCACCAGGUAUAGGAUCUACAGGGAGUUUGCCCGUUGGAAAGUGAACAACUUGGCUCUGGAAAGGAGAGACUUCUUCAGUUUGCCAUUGCCUCUUGCCCCAGAGUUUAUCCGGAAUAUCCGCCUCCUGGGAAGGAGACCCAACUUGCAACAGGUUACCGAAAACCUGAUCAAAAAGUACGGCACCCAUUUCCUACUUUCUGCCACCCUUGGAGGAGAAGAGUCCCUGACCAUUUUUGUGGACAAGCGGAAACUGAGCCGAAAGACAGAAGCAGCAGGAAGUGCCCCUACAGUUGGGGGCAGUGGGAACAGCUCAGCCGUGUCCCUGGAGACCCUGCAUCAGCUGGCAGCCUCCUACUUCAUCGACAGAGAGAGCACCCUGCGGCGGCUGCACCAUAUCCAGAUAGCCACAGGGGCCAUCAAGGUCACGGAGACCAGGACCGGCCCUCUGGGCUGCAGCAACUACGACAAUCUGGACUCGGUCAGCUCAGUCCUGGUGCAAAGUCCGGAGAACAGAGUGCAGUUACUCGGCCUGCAGGUGCUGCUGCCUGAGUACCUGCGUGAGCGCUUCGUGGCUGCAGCGCUGAGCUACAUUACAUGCAGCUCUGAGGGCGAGCUCAUUUGCAAGGAGAAUGACUGCUGGUGCCAGUGCAGCCCUACCUUCCCUGAGUGCAACUGUCCUGAUGCGGACAUCCAGGCCAUGGAGGACAGCCUGCUGCAGAUCCAGGACUCCUGGGCCACUCACAACCGACAGUUUGAGGAGUCAGAGGAAUUCCAAACCCUGCUGAAAAGGCUGCCUGACGACAGGUUCCUGAACUCCACAACCAUCUCCCAGUUCUGGGCCAUGGAUGCUGGCCUCCAGCACCGCUACCAGCAGCUGGGAGCCAGCUUGAAAAUGCUGUUCAAGAAGAUGCAUCGGAUCGUCAGCCGUCUCUUCAACCUCUGCAAACGCUGCCACCGGCAGCCUCGCUUCCGUCUGCCCAAGGAGCGGUCCUUGUCCUUCUGGUGGAACCGAAUCCAGUCCUUCCUCUACUGUGGAGAAAGCACCUUCCCUGGCACCUUCCUGGAGCAGAGCCACAGCUGCAGCUGCCCCUAUGACCAAUCUUCCUGCCAGGGCCCCAUCCCAUGUGCCUUGGGUGAAGGGUCUGCCUGUGCCCACUGUGCCCGGGACAACAGCACACGCUGUGGGGGCUGCAACCCGGGCUACGUGCUGGUCCAAGGGCUGUGCCGGCCAGAGGUGGCUGAGUCCCUGGAGAACUUUCUGGGGCUGGAGACAGACCUGCAGGACCUGGAGCUGAAGUACCUGCUGCAGAAGUGGGACAGCCGCAUCGAGGUGCACUCCAUCUUCAUCAGCAACGACAUGCGCCUGGGCAGCUGGUUUGACCCCUCCUGGAGGAAGCGCAUGUUGCUCACCCUGAAGAGCAAUAAGUACAAGCCUGGGCUGGUGCAUGUGAUGCUGGCCCUGUCCCUGCAGAUCUGCCUCACCAAGAACAGCACCCUGGAGCCCGUCAUGGCCAUCUACGUCAACCCCUUUGGAGGCAGCCACUCUGAGAGCUGGUUCAUGCCCGUGAACGAGGCCCACUUCCCGGACUGGGAGAGGACUAACGUGGACGCGGCUGCCCAGUGCCAGAACUGGACGAUCACCUUGGGAAACAGGUGGAAGACCUUCUUUGAGACAGUCCAUGUUUACCUACGGAGCCGAAUCAAGUCCCUGGAUGACAGCUCCAAUGAGACCAUCUACUAUGAGCCCCUGGAGAUGACAGAUCCCUCCAAGAACUUGGGCUACAUGAAAAUCAACACCUUGCAGGUCUUCGGCUACAGCCUGCCCUUUGACCCAGAUGCUAUCCGGGACUUAAUUCUCCAGUUGGAUUACCCAUACACUCAAGGCUCCCAGGACUCUGCCCUCUUGCAGCUCAUAGAGCUUCGGGACCGGGUUAACCAGCUUUCUCCACCUGGCAAAGUCCGGCUGGACCUUUUCUCCUGCUUGCUCCGGCACCGGCUCAAGCUGGCCAACAACGAGGUGGGCAGGAUCCAGUCCUCCCUGAGGGCUUUCAAUUCCAAGCUGCCAAAUGCUGUGGAGUAUGAGACAGGCAAACUCUGUAGCUAAUGGGGGCGGGGUCACUUCAGUGCUGGACAGGGAGGGUAUCCAUGCAUCCAGGCACUCACCUUGGUGCCAACAAGGUGCUCCCUUGAGACUCUGCACCCAGCAGAUGAGACCUCGGGGAUCGGACUGACACAGGCAGGAGAGAAAGAAACAGCCACUGCACAUGCACACACUCAUGCCGCGGGUGUGCGCGCGCUCGCUCCCUCGGGGAGGCUACAACUCAGCAGCCUUGUGUCUGUAAAGUCGGUGCUUUCCAAAAUGAAUGCGGUUGAAGGAGAGGAGCCAAGGGAGAGAUUAAGAAAAAGAACCCGCCAAACCAUGAAACAAACAAAUCCUUAAAAGUGAUUCUUAUCAUUCAAGGAAGCAAGAGGGGACAAACGGGAGGGGUGGAAGCUCCUGCUCCCCCUCUGUGGAGUCACUUUUGUAGUCUUUUUAACCAGGUUUCUUGGUGUUUCGUGAUUCCCACACUGGCUCCUACUUUUUGUACUCUGCCUCCUGAGCCCUCCCGGACGCUGACUGCUCCUCCAGGCGGCUCCUUUAGGAAACAGGGGAAGUGACACCAACUGAGGACACUCAGGGUGGGCAGGCGGUCUUGCUCCCCCUUCACCUUCCUCCCUACCCCCUGGUCCCCUGGCUUCCUGGGCUAUCCCAGUUUUGGGGCCGGGCUUGUUCCACGUCCCCACCCUGGUCCAGCCAGAGCUCCCUUCCUACAGCCCCCAAUCUGUCCAAGAAAGCAGCUGUCCAGUCAGAGAGAUGAUGUCUAGGGAAAUGUUCUUUUUUAAAAACAAAAACAAAAAUAUUUAUUUUGUGAUUGUUUUCCUUGUCAAUCUGCUCCAGCCACAUGAACAUAUGAGUAAAAAAAUUUAACUGAUUUAAUAUAUAUUUUUAAAGACCUUUAUUAGGGGGAAAAUGAGAGAGAAAAGAGGAAAAAAUAGUAUAGUUUCCUGGGUUGCCUGGAUUUUUUUAUUGCUCUGUGGGUGACACGUGGGUGUCCUUAGAUGGUGGAUAUUGCUGUGUGAGAAGCUGGUUGACUAGUAUAUAUACAAGUGAAUGCAUGCCUAAGGCAGUUGGGUGUGAGGUGUGUGUGUGUAUGUGUGUGUGUGUGUGUGGGUGGGUGUGAGAGAGAGAGAGAGAGAAAGAGAGAGAGAAUGAAUAAAGAUUGGAAUGAGACGGAGUAAGGCAGAAUUCUCCCAGGUAAUCUGGCUUCCCCUCUCCCUUUUCCCAGGAGUGAGGACUAAUACGGGUUGUACACUAUCAGGAGAAUGAAAGUCUUUGCUCUUUAGGGGAACUGCAGGCUUUAUGCUGGGCAAAUGCUGGCUAAAGGGGGCACCUCUGCUUACACUGCUGCGGACAUCAGGAGAAUUUUCCACACUCUGCAUCUUAAAGUAUGGGAUCGCCCUUUGAGGACACUGGGAAAGAUGCAGAUUUGGCACGAGUUUCCUCCAUUCGGUCUGAUCACCACCUUCCCAGCCUGAAAAGCAGGUUUGACAUACGCCACACAGGGCAGUGCCUCUUCUCUCCUUAGUGCCUUCCCCAGGUGGUAUGGAAAUCGCAUCACAGCAAAUCUUUUUUUUUUUAAAAGUACUUCUGUACAUUUAU